GGGAUCCAUUUUGCAGGUUCCCUGCAAUUUAGCAAGCUAAAGUAAUUUGCCUUGUGUGCUUUUUACUGUUGUUGCUUAGAUUGGUGAGGCUGUUAUGUCCAGGUCUCGGGACCUCCAAGGGUUCUCAAAGAAUUGCCACAUCCACUGUAAAGAUACAUAAGAGCCUUUUUUCAAACCCAGAUUUGGACCGCACGUUGUACAAAGUGAAGUUGCAGUCCAGGACGUGAGUGCUAUUGGAGUGAAGAUUCCCGGCGUUGGGCGCAGGCGGCACCUUUUCGGGAGGGGUCAGCUGUCUGGAAGGAGGAUUUCUAUGUGAGGGGGAAGGGCGAAGGGCUGCGGCUGCAGCGUGCGGGCCUGCAAGGCUUUGGGAAAGUGUGGAAGCCGGUAGUGAACAUUUGGCCGUUUUGCUCAUCUCCUUCAAGGCAAACUCUGAAGUUGCGCCAUGGUGAGGAUAUGGUCACUUCCCAAAGAGAAUGCAGUGACAUAUGACGAUGUAGUCGUGAACUUUACUCGGGAAGAAUGGGCUUUGCUGGAUCCUACUCAGAAGAGUCUCUACAAAGAUGUGAUGCUGGAGAACUAUAGGAACCUCACUGCAAUAGGCUAUAACUGGAGCGAUCACAGUGAUAUUCAAGAACACUGUGAAAAUUCUGGAAGACAUAAAAGGCAUCUUCAAAGAUAUGAACCAAUUCAUACUGGAGAGAAACCUUAUGAAUGUAUGCAAUAUGAUGGAGCGUUUGCAAGAAACAAUCACCUUCAGAUACAUAAUAGCACAAGUACUGGAUCCUUUAUGGCUUAUACUGGUCUUCGGAUACAUAGAAGAACACACCCUGGAAAAAAGCUUUAUGAUUGUAACCAAUGUGGUAAAGCCUUUUAUUGUCAAAGUCAUCAUAAAAGGCAUAAAGAAACACAUAGUAGAGAGAAAUCUUAUGAAUGUAACCAAUGUGACAAAGCCUUUGCACGAAACAGUCAGCUUCAAGUACAUAAAAGAACACAUACUGGAGAGAAACCCUAUGAAUGUAACCAAUGUGGUAAAGCCUUUGCAGGACACAACAAUCUUCUAAAGCAUAAAAGAACUCAUAGUGGUGAGAAACCCUAUCAAUGUAACCAAUGUGGUAAAGCCUUUGCAGGAAACAGUCACCUUCAAGUACAUAAAAGAACACAUACUGGAGAGAGACCCUAUGAAUGUAACCAAUGUAGCAAAGCCUUUGCACGAAACAGUCACCUUCAAGUACAUAAAAGAACUCAUACUGGAGAGAAACCGUAUGAAUGUAACCAAUGUGGUAAAACGUUUGCAGGACACAGCAAUCUUCUAAAGCAUAAAAGAACUCAUAGUGGUGAGAAACCCUAUGAAUGUAACCAAUGUUGCAAAGCCUUUGCACUUCACAGCUAUCUUCAAAGGCAUAAAAGAAGACAUACUGGAGAGAAACCCUUUGAAUGUAACCAAUGUGGUAAAGCAUUUGUCCAGCAUAAUACUCUUCAAAAGCAUAAAAGAACACAUACUGGAGAGAAACCCUAUGAAUGUAACCAAUGUGGUAAAGCCUUUGCACAAAACAGUCACCUUCAAGUACAUAAAAGGACACAUACUGGAGAGAAACCCUAUGAAUGUAACCAAUGUAGCAAAGCCUUUGCACGAAACAGUCAUCUUCAAGCACAUACAAGAACGCAUACUGGAGAGAAACCCUAUCAAUGUAACCAAUGUGGUAAAGCCUUUGCAGUACACACCAAUCUUCAAAAGCAUAAAAGAACACAUUAUGGUGAGAAAUCCUAUGAAUAUAACCAAUGUGGCAAAGCCUUUUCAGGAAACAGUCAUCUUCAAGUACAUACAAGAACGUAUACUGGAGAGAAACCCUAUCGAUGUAACCAAUGUGGUAAAGCUUUUGCAGGACACACUAAUCUUCAAAAGCAUAAAAGAACACAUCAUGGUGAGAAACCCUAUGAAUAUAACCAAUGUGGCAAAGCCUUUGCAGGAAACAGUCACCUUCGAGUACAUAAAAGAACAUGUACUGGAGAGAAACCCUAUCAAUGUAAUCAGUGUGGUAAAGCCUUUGCAGGACACACCAAUCUUCAAAGUCAUAAAAGAACACAUAUUGAUCAGAAACUGUAGGAAUGUAACCAACUUGAUAAAGCAUUUGCAAAAUUCAAAUGCCUAAAGAACAUGUACUGUCGAGGAUCCCUCAUAAUGGAACAAAUGUGGUAAAAGGUUUGUUAAGGUGGUAUUAAAAGGAAUUUUAAAAAUACGUUCUUGUGUAAACCGUAUAAAUGCAAUCAGUUUAAUAAAGCCAUUUCAUAACAGUCACCUUCUAUGGCAUGAAAGGUAUAGUG